AAAAAUUAUUCUCGGAAAAAGACAUUCCCCGUGUUUUCCAGGUUUUGAGCCGCCUCUCCUCAGGGCCUGGUAGGGGGAGGGAAAGUUGUAAACAAAUUGCCACCUUAAAUUCGCGGUGCGAGUCUGCGGAGCGGCCGGGUUCAUUGUGUUUACGAGGCUCGCUGAAAUGUGUGGAAUCCGGGGAAGGCGAGCACCCAGACGGGGGCCCGCCGGGGCCGCGGCCAGCGCCGGGGAAACGCCGCGCCGGGGAGCAGCCUGCGCCGGCCUGGGCCCUUCCCUGUGCACUCGGCUGUUUUUUACGUUUAACCAGAAAGGAAGGGAGAGGAGGGAAGGAUCCAUGUGGCCGCCCUCUUCCGAUCACAAAUAUUGUCGGGAAGGCUACUGGCCGGAAAGCGCCGCUGUGGCUGAGAGCGAAGUUUCAGAGACUCUUAUUUAAACUGGGUUGUUACAUUCAAAAAAACUGCGGCAAGUUCUUGGUUGUGGGCCUCCUCAUAUUUGGGGCCUUCGCGGUGGGAUUAAAGGCAGCGAACCUCGAGACCAACGUGGAGGAGCUGUGGGUGGAAGUUGGAGGACGAGUAAGUCGUGAAUUAAAUUAUACUCGCCAGAAGAUUGGAGAAGAGGCUAUGUUUAAUCCUCAACUCAUGAUACAGACCCCUAAGGAAGAAGGUGCUAACGUCCUGACCACAGAAGCACUCCUACAGCACCUGGACUCCGCGCUCCAGGCCAGCCGUGUCCACGUAUACAUGUACAACAGGCAGUGGAAGUUGGAACAUUUGUGUUACAAAUCCGGAGAGCUUAUCACAGAAACAGGUUACAUGGAUCAGAUAAUAGAGUAUCUUUACCCUUGUUUGAUUAUUACACCUUUGGACUGCUUCUGGGAAGGGGCGAAAUUACAGUCUGGGACAGCGUACCUCCUAGGUAAACCUCCUUUGCGAUGGACAAACUUCGACCCUUUGGAAUUCCUAGAAGAGUUAAAGAAAAUAAACUAUCAAGUGGACAGCUGGGAGGAAAUGCUGAAUAAGGCUGAGGUUGGUCAUGGUUACAUGGACCGCCCCUGCCUCAAUCCGGCCGAUCCAGACUGCCCCGCCACAGCUCCCAACAAAAAUUCAACCAAACCUCUUGAUAUGGCCCUUGUUUUGAAUGGUGGAUGUCAUGGCUUAUCCAGAAAGUAUAUGCACUGGCAGGAGGAGUUGAUUGUGGGUGGCACAGUCAAGAACAGCACUGGAAAACUCGUCAGCGCUCAUGCCCUGCAGACCAUGUUCCAGUUAAUGACUCCCAAGCAGAUGUACGAGCACUUCAAGGGGUACGAGUAUGUCUCACACAUCAACUGGAAUGAGGACAAGGCGGCAGCCAUCCUGGAGGCCUGGCAGAGGACGUAUGUGGAGGUGGUUCAUCAGAGUGUCGCACAGAACUCCACUCAAAAGGUGCUUUCCUUCACCACCACGACCCUGGACGACAUCCUGAAAUCCUUCUCUGACGUCAGUGUCAUCCGCGUGGCCAGCGGCUACUUACUCAUGCUCGCCUAUGCCUGUCUAACCAUGCUGCGCUGGGACUGCUCCAAGUCCCAGGGUGCCGUGGGGCUGGCUGGCGUCCUGCUGGUUGCACUGUCAGUGGCUGCAGGACUGGGCCUGUGCUCAUUGAUCGGAAUUUCCUUUAACGCUGCAACAACUCAGGUUUUGCCAUUUCUUGCUCUUGGUGUUGGUGUGGAUGAUGUUUUUCUUCUGGCCCACGCCUUCAGUGAAACCGGACAGAAUAAAAGAAUCCCUUUUGAGGACAGGACCGGGGAGUGCCUGAAGCGCACAGGAGCCAGCGUGGCCCUCACGUCCAUCAGCAACGUCACAGCCUUCUUCAUGGCCGCGUUAAUCCCGAUUCCCGCUCUGCGGGCGUUCUCCCUCCAGUACAUACUGAUGGCUCAUCGAGGCCGACUGUCCUUUAACGACACCCUAUGGUGUGGUGGUCUGAAACGCUACAUGAGGUUUCCUUACGAGGAGUAGCCUUGUAGAAAAUCCAGUGCGUUAAGUUCUCCCAAGGUAAGCACCUUACAGAGACGAAAAUGAGUACUGUUGGUUUUUGUGUUUCUGUUUCAAACCACGGCAGUUAUCACUGUAGAAAAUUGCAACUAUAGUUUCCAAGAGUCCUCAUCUUAUUAAAGAA